AGGGAGGGAGGGAGGGAGUGACGCUCAGGCGCACGGUGCGUCUUGGCCGGUGGCGGAGCCGCAGUUGUGAGCGGAUAAAGCGGCGCGCGGAUAAAGCGGGAGCCCGGGCUGCCCUCUCGCCUUCACUCGGCACCGCCGCCGCUUCCGUGCAGCUCCCGAGUCGAAAAUGGCCGACGUGGAAGGGACGGAGACCCUGGACGUGGGGAACCGGUUCGCCCGCAAAGGCGCCCUCCGCCAGAAGAACGUCCACGAGGUGAAGGACCACAAAUUCACGGCGCGGUUCUUCAAACAGCCGACAUUCUGCAGCCACUGCACCGACUUCAUCUGGGGAUUUGGCAAACAAGGAUUCCAGUGUCAAGUUUGUGGCUUUGUGGUCCAUAAGAGGUGCCAUGAGUUGGUUACGUUCAGCUGCCCCGGAGCGGACAAGGGACCCGACAGUGACGACCCCAGAAGCAAACACAAAUUUAAAGCCCACACCUACGGAAGCCCGACCUUCUGUGACCACUGCGGUUCUCUGCUGUACGGCCUCAUUCACCAGGGCAUGAAAUGCGACACCUGUGAUCUAAACGUGCACAAGAAAUGUGUCGUCAACAUUCCCAGCAUGUGCGGCACCGACCACACCGAGCGGCGCGGACGGCUCUACCUCAACAUCAAAAUGAAGGAGGAUGGGGUGCUCAGUGUCACAGUGACGGAGGCGAGAAACCUAAUCCCGAUGGAUCCCAACGGCCUCUCGGAUCCCUAUGUGAAGCUGAAACUGAUCCCUGACCCCAAACAUGACAGCAAACAGAAGACAAAAACCAUGCGUUGCACCCUUAACCCUCACUGGAACGAAUCCUUCAACUUUAUUCUAAAACCGACGGACAAGGAUCGCAGGCUGUCGGUGGAGGUGUGGGACUGGGACCGUACCACCAGGAACGACUUCAUGGGCUCGCUGUCCUUCGGCAUCUCCGAGCUCUACAAAUCCCCCGCCUCAGGCUGGUUCAAGCUCCUGAACCAAGAGGAGGGCGAGUAUUACAAUGUCCCCAUCCCAGAGGACGACGGGAAUCCCGAGCUCCGCCAAAAGUUUGAGAAAGCCCGGCUCGGCCCAGGCACCAAAAAGGUCAUCGAGAGGAAAUCGAGUUUCCCGUCAAACAAUGUGGAGCACGUCAAGCUGCUGGACUUCAACUUCCUCAUGGUCCUGGGCAAAGGCAGCUUCGGCAAGGUGAUGCUGUCGGAGAGGAAGGGGACAGGAGAGCUAUACGCCAUCAAGAUCCUGAAGAAGGACGUGGUUAUUCAGGACGACGAUGUGGAGUGCACCAUGAUCGAGAAGAGAGUGCUGGCUCUGCAGGAGAAGCCGCCUUUCCUCACCCUGCUGCAUUCCUGCUUCCAAACUGUGGAUCGCCUGUACUUUGUUAUGGAGUAUGUGAACGGUGGCGACCUCAUGUACCACAUCCAACAAGUUGGUAAAUUCAAGGAGCCCCAGGCAGUGUUCUACGCGGCAGAGAUUGCGAUCGGGCUGUUCUUCCUGCACAAGAAGGGGAUCAUUUACAGAGACUUGAAGCUGGACAAUGUGAUGCUGGAUUCCGAGGGACACAUCAAGAUCGCGGACUUCGGCAUGUGCAAAGAGAAGAUGUUUGAUUUGGCGACGACACGGACCUUCUGCGGGACCCCAGACUACAUCGCCCCGGAGAUUAUUGCCUAUCAGCCAUACGGAGGCUCGGUGGACUGGUGGGCCUAUGGGGUGCUGCUAUAUGAAAUGCUGGCGGGACAGCCUCCAUUUGAUGGGGAGGAUGAAGACGAACUCUUCCAGUCGAUAAUGGAGCACAAUGUCUCAUAUCCCAAAUCCAUGUCAAAAGAGGCCGUCUUGAUCUGCAAGGGGCUGAUGACUAAACACCCAGCCAAGCGCCUGGGCUGCGGGUUGGAAGGCGAGAGAGAUAUCAAGGACCACGCUUUCUUCCGAAGAAUUGACUGGAUAAGGCUGGAGAUAAAGGAGAUUCAGCCACCAUUCAAACCCAAAACUUCCGGCAAAAACGCUGAAAACUUUGACAAGUUCUUCACACGAGGCCAACCAGUGUUAACACCUCCAGACCAGCUAGUCAUCUCCAACAUCGACCAAGCUGAGUUUGAGGGUUUCUCGUAUGUAAACCCAGAGUUCAUCCACCCCAACUUAACCAGCACUGUAUGAAACUGGGCAACAGAGAACAGCAGCACCCAGCCCCCUGAGGAAAACAAUUGAAUAAUUGUCUAAUCAAUCAAUGGAUAAUGACUUUCCGAGAUUAAUAAUGUUCAGAACCCGUUGAGCGCAAACAAGCACUUUUAACUUCUAGCAACAAAUAAUUAAUAAUAAUAAUAGUGUACGAAGAUUUCUUUAAAAAACUGUUAAAGUGCUGAUUUUAAUCAGUCCAUGGUUUGUCAAAUAACUAAAAAAAAAGGAAGAAUUUUAAGUGUGUAUCUUACUUAGCUGGAUAUCCUUUUUUUUAAUGUUUAGGUACAAAUUGCAAUAUACAUUGGCCCCAGGAAAUCAAUGUUCCUGCCUUUGUCUUCCCACGAUGCGAGUUCAACAGGCUGGUACAUAAAAGGACAGACCUUUUUUUCGUUGUCCAAAAUUGUUAACUAGCUGUUGUAUUUUAUAAAACAGAAUUUAAAAAAAAAGUCUAUAGACCAUGUCCAUUUACAAAUUGCACUAAUAUAUAUAUAUAUAAAGAGAGAGAGAGAGAGACAGACAGAAGCAAUCAUUGGUGAUAGUUCCAUUAAGAUUACAGAAGAAAUCAAAACGUCUUGCACAAAACAUUUAGAGGGAUUAAUUAAAUGAUGGGGGGGGGAAAUCACUAAUCAAGUUACUUUGGUAUUUGAAUUAGCUAUUUCUAGUUUAAGGUGGUGAUGGAACAUUCAUGUGGAUUUAACACAUUCUUGUUCCAAGGCGAGGAAUCUAAGCGUAACAAAGACAGUGGAGAAUCUGACUCGUUUUAUAAUUAUGGAGAACGCUAGCCUAUGUGGAGCUUUGUAUCUGAUUACGUUAUGGUUAUACGGAAUGAGCUUGUGUUUCUUAAAAAUAGCAUCGUUCUGCUGGCUGCAAAGCAAAGGCUUUGUUGAUGUCUAUGUUUCAUGUGCUGAAGGGAUAGGGCCUUCGUGAGAUCAAUGUUUGACAAAGCUUUCUUUGUUCGUUCAAUACACAAUGCAAGUCUGCCUCACACAAAUCACAGUCCAUCACAUACAUUAUCUGAGAACACCAUGUCUGCCUCUAUUCCCCCCCUCCCAACCCCCGGCAUUUUACUAAAAGGCAUUUCUUGUACUUUCAGAGAACUCGUGCAGUUUUUAUACCAAGCACACACACAAAAUGUGCUUCUUUUUCCUCCUUAAAAUAAUCGCCUGCUUACAUAACGGUACGAUUCACCUUUUUAAAAAGAAAAUAACUUUUUAUCGGAAAACAUUUUGAAAGCAUUGUUUAGUUCCUCUGAUCGCCACUACAGUAAACGGAACCAGUUUAAGUCGGCUUCGGUUUUAUGUUUUAUUCGAAAUGAAAUAAAAUCUGAGAAAUUGUCAAAGAGCUGCACGUUCAGUUCAGGUAAAGUCUGCGUUGUUUUAGGAAUAAUACUUUUAGUGAGUUCACUACUCUCUGCCUUUGAGAAGUGCAUGUCAAUCCUCGCAUGUUAUGGAUGAUAGGUGCUGGCACAAAGCUUGGGCAACAUUUUGAGAGCACGUGUUUUUUAAACGAUUGGGUCUCAGUAAAAGGUUUGCCACACUUAAUGAGCUUUUUUUUAAAAAAAAUUACAAAUCAAAUGGCAUGUUUUUUUUAAGAAAAAGUCAUUCUUUAAUGUUGAUUUUCUCAACUAACGCUUGCGUUUUGUUCGCGGUGGUCAUCACACCACGCACAACUCACGUGAAAGUCACUUACGACUGUUUGUGGGACGCUGCCGUGCCAAUUGGCUGCCGCGUUUCGCCCACAAAUAUGUGGUCAAUUCACUUUACAGUCUAUUCUGUGAAGCGCUUUGAGACAUCUAGAAGAUGCGAAAAGUGCUAUAUCAAAUGCAAUGAUUAUUAUUAUUAUUAUAUCAUUAUUACCUAAGCUAACUCUGUGCCAACAUUGGUAUAAAAAAAAUCUCGUCUUCACCCUUCCUGUCGCUGCUCAGUAAUAAAUCGUUACAACCAA